AUGGCAUCAUCAAGCAAGUUACCUGGUACAGGGCUGGAAGAUGUUGGAGUACCUGGGCAGGCUUAUCUACGCGACGCGCUUACAAGUUGUACUGAUCCAUUGAAAGCAAUUGAAGAAUUUCAGCUUGAAAACGGUAUUUUACUGCCUUCACUAAGACCGAUGCUACCACUUCUAGACCUUCAUGGCGUAAGAAGACUUGACUUCCAUACAUCUGUUCUAGAAGAGUUAAGAGAGAAACUAAUUACACAUAUUAAUGAACUCGGUUCAAAAGAUAGCAAAGAAAAUGACAAAAAGCUCAAAGAGCUAUUAUCGAAGAGUUUCCCAGUCGUCAGAGUUAAAUCACUGAGACCAGUCAUCAUGGGUAUUUUGAAAAAUACUCCACACAUUGAUGACAAAUACUUAAGAGUGUUAGUGCGUGACAGAGAAUUGUACAAUGAUACAGAUACCGAGGUAAAGAGACAGAUAUGGCAGGACAAUCAAUCUCUAUUUGGCGAUGAAGUUUCGCCACUUCUCAGUCAGUAUAUAAGAGAGAAGGAGAAUGUAUUAUUUGAUCAUGAGAAUCUCACCAACUUGUUCUUUUCACCAUCACCUAAAGUCAGACGACAAGGUGCUGUAGUUCAAAAACUAGCACAUAUGAUAGGCAACAGUGUAAAAUUAUAUGAUAUGGUUUUACAGUUCCUACGCACUUUGUUUCUAAGAACUAGAAAUGUUCACUAUUGCACAUUAAGAGCUGAACUGCUAAUGGCAUUGCAUGACUUAGAAAUACAGGACAUCAUAUCUGUGGACCCUUGUCAUAAAUUCACAUGGUGUUUAGAUGCUUGCAUUAGAGAGAGAAAUGUUGAUAUCAAAAGGUCUAGAGAGCUUCAAGGUUUUCUUGACAGCAUAAAGAGAGGCCAAGAACAAGUAUUAGGAGACCUUUCAAUGACAUUGUGUGAUCCUUAUGCAAUUAAUUUUUUAGCAACAUCUGCCAUAAAAAUAUUACAACAUUUAAUAAACACAGAAGGGCUUCCAAGGGACAACACCAUAUUAAUUCUUUUACUGAGAAUGUUGGCCUUAGGUUUGAGUGCAUGGGUGAUGAUUGACUCACAAGAAUUUAAAGAACCUAAACUUGACAGCCAAGUUGUCACUAAGUAUUUGCCAGCUCUCAUGUCACUCAUGGUUGAUGAUCAAGUUAGAGCCCUGCAUAACAAACUACCUCCUGAUGAAAGGGAGUCAGCUAUCACCACUAUUGAACACUCUGGCCCUCCACCUGAUGCCUGUGAGGCCUAUAUGAGAGAGAGUUCUGUUUGUGGAGUAUUAGCAAUGUAUUAUACUUUACAUGCAGCUAAAUCACGAGACAGAGGAGCGCUCCUACGAAUACUAAGUAUUUUAGGCAGUUGUAAAGAUGGUCGGGCUUAUGAAGAUCCUUUCUUACAUGCACUUGUUGCUUUACUUAUACAGUUACCAGAUGAAUUCCAGGGUGAAGACUUCAGUACAGUAUUGUUUGAUGAAUUCUUUUUUGCUGGUUUAUCUAAAGAUAAUGUCACCAGGCAUUUAUUGAAGCUACUGUGGUAUAUACAUCCAAAGUUACCUGAAACUAGACUUCAGACACUGAUGAAAGCAUUACAACCGGGAACUCAGCACAACGAGUCUGUACAUAAGCUUUAUGAAUCUUUGAAUCAAAAAAUGAACACUCAAGCAGAACCAGCUGCUAGCACUAGUGAAAUGGAAUAUUUAGAUUCACCACUCAUGAGUGUACCAACACCAGCACCUUAUCAUAUGUAAUAAU